AACCUCAAGGGUUACAACGCCAUCAGAAACAAGCCCCAGCGCUUUAUUGGACCCCAAAGGCUUAGCAGUGGCUCUGUUGCGAAUCCGUUCUCCUAAUUCGUCGUAUUCGCAGAGUCCCUUCGCUAGUCGCAGAGUCAGCCACUCCCGCGACCUCGGGACCCACCCAUCCACCAGCCUGCAGCAGACCGUCGCGCCCUUUGCAGGAACGCGCCAGCGCUGUCAUGAGGCUCUCGACAGCUUUAUAUCCAUUCUAUCCUGCGUCGAUCCCUUACAUCCUUACGUCCCUGGCCUGAUCAUCAGUGCGCGAUUUGUGCAAGGCUCCAUACCUUAGGUCCCAAACCGCCAUCGUGAACACAGCAAGCGCGCCGUCAUGUUGCAACCCCCCGAGCCGGCCUCGAGGCCGCUGAGUAUAAGGACGACGGGUACCAGUGCGACCCAGCAGGACAAGACUGGAGAAACCUGGAAGAUGAACGUUACCAAAGAGAAUUGCUGGGAGGAUUUGAUACUCACGCUAGAUGGGGGUGGCAUUCGCGGCUACUCGAGCCUCCUAAUCAUCCAACGCCUCAUGCACGAAAUCGCCAAAGCCGAACGCCGAAUACAAGCAGACGAAGGCCCCGUAGAAGGCAGCGAACGACUAGAAUUCGACGAGAACGAGCUACUACCAUGUCAUUAUUUCGACUACAUGUACGGAACGAGUACGGGCGGCCUCAUAUCCGUCAUGCUGGCUAGAUUACGAAUGAGCGUACCACAAUGUCUCGAACUAUACCGCAGAGUAGGGCACGAGCUGUUUGGACGUAAAAGGAGUGUACUGCCACUUGCUACCAAAUACCACCAUGAGCCGUUGGAGAAGGCCGUGCAAGAUAUUGUGAAGCAGUACUGUAAGGAGCACAAUAAAUGCACAGGAGACGACUGGCAUCCAUGGGUUCUGGAGGAAGAGGAUACAUCAGCAGGAGUUCCGUUGAUUGAGUCAGGGAUAGGGUCCCUGCAGAGCUCGACUACAUGGUCAAGUGGUGGUGCACCCUCAAUCAGACGCAAACCGACAGAGCGGAUAUGUCAAUCAAUCUGCCUCACUGCUACCCACUCCGGCCAAAUCGACGAAGCCUACCUCCUCCGCUCAUACAACCAUCAAUACGACCCCGACAUCGCUCCACCCUGGGUCACGUCUUACAACGCCGGUGCCGACAAGUUGAAGAUAUGGCAGGUAACGCGUGCCACUUCAGCAGCUCCUUUCUACUUCGAGAUGCUCACGGCCGACAUUGGCAGCGGCAAGAACAGAAAGCGCAUGAGCUUCAAAGAUGGAGGAAUUCGCGAGAACAAUCCCUCCUACGCUGCCUAUAGUGAACACGCCUCGCUGAAGGGCGAUGACACAGAGCCAGGACUGUUGCUUUCUAUCGGAACAGGACGACCAGAUACCUCAAACGACGGAUUCGCGGCAGUUUGGCCUGGUCCGUUGGGCAAAGUCAAGGCACUGCAGAAGUGGAGUGAGAAGUUGGCUGUCUUCAAGAAUGUCUUGAUCAAGUACACCGAGGGCGAAGACCGUCAUAAGAUGAUGCGAACAAUAGCCAAAGGAGAGCAUCGAUGGUAUAAGCGUCUGAAUGUCGAUAAAGGACUUGAAGGCCUGCCACUCGACAACUGGGUGAAGGGACCAUGGACGAACCCCCAAACAAACGAAAGGAAAGAAGUUCCUGGUGGCAAGACACUUUCAACCAUGGAGGAAGCGACAAGGACAUAUCUUGAGAGAGACAACAUCGCCAGUCCAGGAGGCCUGACUGAAUAUCGGCCACCUAAGAUUGUUCUUCAACAGAUUGCGGAGAGACUGGUGCGGCAUAGAAGGCUAAGAGAAGCAACGAAAGCGGAGGAUCUCAGGAGAUGGCAAACGCACAUGGGUCAGUGGCUUACUGGAGAACUUAAGCCAGAGGAUGCCAUGCGCAUACCUGUCCAGUCAGGGCUUAGAAAAGGAUCACGGGGCUUCGUGUCAGGGUCGCGGCCCAUUACGCCCAGCGGCAAAGCACCCGACAUCGCUUCAUGAAGCCCCGAGCUUUCCGGACAAUCCCGAGAUUCGGCUUUUGUCUGCUACACAGGUGCUCACCAAAAGCUCUCCCGUACGAAGAAGCUCGAUUCUUAUGAGUUGUACCUAACACUCAGAGUCUACACUGAGAAUG